AUGGACGCCGUGCCCUUCCUUCUGGGCGCCCCUCAGGCCGAAGUGCUGGAGGACGUGCUGCGGGAGCAGUUCGGGCCGCUGCCCCAGCUGGCCGCUAUCUGCCGGCUCCGGCGGCUGUCCUCGGGCGGCUACUCGUCCACCCAGGACCUGCAGCUGGUGCUGGAGCGGCGGCGCGUCGCCAACGCCAAGGAGCGCGAGCGGAUAAAAAAUCUCAACCGUGGUUUUGCCAAACUGAAGGCACUUGUACCAUUUCUUCCCCAGAGUAGGAAGCCUAGCAAAGUUGAUAUACUAAAAGGUGCAACUGAGUACAUACAAAUUCUCAGUGAUGUUUUGGGAGGAACCAAUGAUUCUGAGAAACAAGAUCCAGAUCACCAGAGGUAUAACAACAACAACAACAACACUUCUGAGCCACAUGUAUCCUUGGCUAGAGAGCUACUGAGAAACAUCACCCAACACCCCAGCUGUGCUGUGGGCUUGAAGAGGGAGGAUGAAGGGCCGUGGUCAGCAGGUGGCAGUGGUGAGUCGGCUACCCGUGGCGGCCAGGCCUGUCUUCCGCAGGAGUUGGAUGGAGCCUGGUCGUCUUCCCUCUUAAGUAGAGUUAUAGAUAACAAAAAGUCAAUGUAG